CCUCUUUGUGCUAUUUCUCACGCAAGUAAAUUUGCCCCGUUGUUGCUUAUGUAACGGAACAAAUUGGGCUAUAUGUACUGUAUGUAUAAGGCCACAGUGCGCAUCAUAUCAUAUCACGGGACUCCGUGCACGGGACUGACAAAAGUUAACAUUUUCAAGUCUUUCCAAUUCCAACAUAAACAAAUGGAAAUCAAUGAUGAAGUUCGAGCAGGUUGUCGAGAGCCUACGAAAAGUAGGCGAGUACUUUCAGAGUCGACCACCGUUGGACAAGGUGGUGGUCGGGGGAGUGUUUCUGUUCGUCGUUUUGGCCGUUCUGUCACGGGCUGAUGUGGUAUUCAUUUUCAUUGCCGCCGUGUUUUUGGGGGGAUGGGCCGCUGCACGCGUGGCAGGUCAUGUGCGGGUGUUCCGCUCCCGACACCUCUUGCCAUUUUUGCCGAAUCUUGUCGACCGUGUCAAGGAGAAAAGGAAGCAUGCUGGUCUGUCAGUCUUGCCAAAUUUUGAGGCGGACUUGGAUAGGCACUCGAUAAAUUGCUCCAUCAAAAGCAAGAACUUUGCCAAAAACUAUGCCCACCUGAGAAACAUGUGCCGAUUGGAUCAACUGUCGUUGCCUGGCACAGUGGACGAAGAAUUUCAGCAUCUUAUUAAAAGUGUGAUGCAUGAUUUUGUUUUGUCGUGGUAUAGCGUUUAUGUCAGUGACCACAGUCAAGUAUCUGAAGAACUUUUGAACGUCUUGAUGAACACAUUUGCAAACCUCAGUUCCCGUGUAAAAUUUAUAAGCAAAAGGAGCCUCCUCACGAAUUUCUUAGUUGAGAUUCGAACUCAUGUUUACCGGUUUCAGCGGGCCCGUUCCAGUUUGAGAAAGUUGCGUAGUGGACGAACAAUUGACAGCAACAGUCUGGUAGCAUCUUAUGAGACAUUCUGCUUGAUGCAUCCUGCAAUUGAAGACGCAGACACAGAAAUGAACUACCUGAAAAGUGUGAUGAGAGUUCUUCUGCACUCCGCAGUGACAGAAGAUGUCAAUCAGUGUCAAGCAAGUACAGCCGUCCUUGUAGAAAUUCUAACGUGCAAUCUGCUGCUGCCCCUGCUGGAUUUGCUCGCUGAUCCUGACUUUCUGUACAGACUCAUCCACCUCAUUGUUUCGAGUAUAGUGAGUGCGCCAGAAAAGAUAGGAACACUUGAGAGUGAAGGUGCAGAUAGCUCAAAGCCAAAGAAACCUAGUCCUAGUGAAAAAGGUGACCUCCACCCCAAAGGUAUCAGUAAUGUUUCCUGUCCCUAUGACCCUGAAUCGGACCAGUCCUCUGCUUCCUGUCUUCCGAAAGGCUCACUCCAGAUGACCAAUUUAUCACAGGGUUCAGACAAACAGCAUUCAUCACCCACGCCACCAAAGUCAGCAAUCCUCAGUGAUGUCUUUGAGCCAAGAAGUGAUUCUGAGCCAACUUUCAAACCUGACACUGACAGAAAAGGCCCAUUUCAGCUUGAAUCCAGGAAUCCAAAUGUGGUCCACAGAGCCAAUCAAGAAGCUGUUUCGUCUUUAUCCAGAGUUCCUAUCUCCAGAUCUGUGGAUGCUUUAGUUAUCCAUUCUCAGUCUGCUGUGAGCCAUGGCCAACAGUCGGCAGAAACUUCCCCAGCUUGUUCUUCACUCUUCGUACAGAGUCAUCGCAGAACUGCCUCUGACUCCUCUUUUCAUCCAGCACAUGGAGGGUUCAUUCCUGGAGAUGCUAUACCCAGUAUUAAAGGACCUUGUCCAAGUCCUAGAGACAUAAUCCCUGCGGCAGUGCCUUCUGCCAAUCCUUCCAUUCCAAGACCACCAACAGAAGGUUCAGAGAAUACUAGUACCUGCUACCAAGUUGCAGUUCCACUGACAGCCAUCGAACCGGCAAUAGCAGUGACACCACUCAUGAGAACUGAUAGUAAUGAUGUUAGACCAAGGAGUUCUUCGUCGGAGAGCUUUUCUAGCAUUGACUAUGACACCAGUCAAUUGAAUACGCCAUUCAGUGUCAUUGACAACCAGUUUGCUUUAGAGGGAAGUUCGAGAAGCGCAAUUCCAACAACCAACGUACUAAACUCGGGAAUUCUGAGCGAGUCACAAAUGAUGAAGCAGUCAAAAUCAACCAGUGAAAUUGAUGGAGGGAUUGCCAUGCGAAGCGUGGAGAACCAUGAAGAUUCAAAUUCUAGUCCUAGACAAAUCUUCCCAUCCGGUGACAUUCCAAACUCAGAUGAUGCAUAUUAUGCAUCAGGGCCAACUACUGAUGCUGAAAUACAAAACUUAAGUCCUGCACAUGGCACAGUGAGCCUAGUAGGCCCUCAAGUAACUCCUCCUGCCAUAAAUGUCACAGAUUCAUCACCCAUAAAAAAGCUCCUAAGACGUGUAUCCUUCUCAAAGAAGAACCAUCCUGAAUCGCAGAAGUGUCAAAUGACACAAACAGAGAACGUUUCACUUCCUGCAAACCAGCAGAGUGCACCUAUUGCGAUUCCAGUCCCAGUCCAAAAGACAACACCAGUUUCAUCCUCAAUCCAGCAAAGCAGAUCCCCGCCCCUACUCCCACAACUCCGCCCAGUCAUCAGUGUCAGUGACAAAAUGCAGACACCGUCAGCAGAAAAUCCGAGAAUGAUGUCAGUCAGUGCACCUGAAAUGUCAGACUUGGAACCUCCGAUGGGGUUCACAGAAGGCUUGCUGCCGAUGAAGAUAAUCAAUCUUGAAAUUCCUAAAGCAGAGGUGUGCAAAGAAGUUGGAGGGAAGGGAGAAUUCUUCGUGUAUUCAAUACAGUUUGAUGUCCUGCAAACUACUUCACCCUCAAGUUCUACUGAGAACCUGGACAGAUGUGAUGUGAGUCCUAUCCGUAAGACGGCAAAGAGACGGCACAGAGAGUUUGUCAACCUGCACUCACGGCUGGAGCACAACCCUCAAUUGAAACUUAGUUUGAAGGGAAUACGCGAUGUUCCCAAGCGAUUGUCCAUCCCACUCGCACCAACCGCCAAGUCAGCUAUUGAUCAGAGGCGCGUUGGACACCAACGCUAUCUACAGCAACUGCUUGCCAGACCUUUACUACACUGCAGCAGUGAGCUGUCUGAGUUCCUAGCCUUGGAAGGAAACACCAACAUAGAAUAUGUCCGGUAUCACCCCAGAGAAUAUGUGCCAAGAAUAGAUAAGAUGCUGCGGAAUCGCGUAUCAGGCCUGGUAGACACCAUCAAGCAGGUCAAAUCUGCCAUUCCCAGGGCUCUAAGUGACCUGGGCCCUUUGCCCCCAAUGAGUCCCCCUAUGUCACCCAUCAGGAAGGCCAGGGGCCCCCAGGAGGCAGGGAAGAGGUUAUUAUCUCCCCCAGGAUCUCCCAGGCCUGGGUCACCUUCCAUCGAUGAACCAGAUGGCAGCAGCGGAGAAAGGAUUUUCACGUUUGAUAGAAGACCAAAGACAACACUGCAACUAGCAAUGUGCAGCAUCAUCCAAGACCACAGUCUCAAGACUUUUGCCAACUCCCCAUUACCUGCCUAUCCCGCCACUGCCACCGGUCCUAUCGUUGACCACCUCCUUGGACCGCGCUCAGAGGGAGAUGGCUGUGAAUCUCCGGAUGCCUCAGUUGUAGAGACGCAGUUGGAAGGGAAGGAGUCCAGCGCAGUGCUGGGUAUGGAAGAGGUUGCACUGUUUGAUUCCGUGCUGUGUCUUCUUGGAGAAGCCUUCCAUGACAAGGAGCUCUGGUUCCUGGAUGAGGGUUUCCAGAAUGUACUGACAAUACUAGCUGGAGAUCUUCUUGAUGGAUGGCUUGAGAGACAAGUUGAUGUGCUUCUGUCGGAGCACUGGUGUGCCUUCUUCCUGGCAGAAUUACGAGAGGUACUGUGGCCUGGAGGCAAGUUACUCUCUGCCAGUGAGGGGGCAGGCACACGAACAGAGACUGAGAAGGCAGCAACAAUUAAGGAAGUUCUGACUAUGCUUGUAGAAUCUAUGCCAGAGUCAUUUUACAAAGUUAUUGACAGACAAGACUGGCAAGAUGGACUGCAGCUGCUUCUCGACUCUUUAGGAGAUCCACAGCUUAACAGGCAUCUGAUGUUCACAGCCUUAGACCUACUGAUGGACGCCUUGAUAUCCGAGAUCAAGGAUGAAGGCUUCCAGAAGGAUCUCUUGACGAGGAUUUGACCGGUGAGGUUUACUCUUUGAAUACAAAAUUAUUUGCCUUAAUUGGAUGGAAUUAAAACAACGCGCAAUAAUUUGCAAGCCAAUUGGACUACGUGCGCAAGUACCCCCUCGACGAUUAUAAUGGGAGAGUUGGGGGAGACCACUGGGAGAAACAUUUGAACCAACUACUGUUGACGCCUGAGGCUCUGGCGAAGACCCUACUGAUUUGUGCGCAUUCAGAACAAAUUAAGACGAUGGACAUCCCAGUCUGCACCAAUGUAUGUCCCUAAUGUAAACAUGGGGCAUUUUCUUCAUCAAUAAUUGAAGCGUUUUGAGGGUGCGGUAGAGCAAAGGGUUAAGUCAUUGAUGUUGUGUAUUUUGGGGGGAGAAGUUCGGUGGUAAGAGGACCGUCUAGCUACUUAAUUUUGCUGAAAUUUCUGUGUUCUUCAUGCACUACAGAUAAGUACAUGUAAUUUGAGAUUUUAUACAUAACCAGUGUGAUUUCACAAGAAUACUUUGAUGAUAAAAAAUGAAGAGGCUAAUGUUAAGAGGCUCAAAUUAAUUAUUGCACACAUUUUUAUUGAAACUGCUUGUUUUGUUUAAACAGAAAUUAGGAUUUUCAUUGGCCGAAGUUUAUUGCUUGAUUAUGAAUGGUUUAGCUUUUACACUUCAUUCAUGGCGUAAAAGUUGUACAUUUAUUUUCACCACCUCUGCUCUUUACUAUGCGUGUUUUUGUGUUUUACAAAAAUAAACACUUUUUUCAAUGGCCUUCAGUUUUUCUUUUACUUUUAUUUUGAUUAUGUCAUGAAUUUUAAUUUUGACGGAACAAUCAUCAUAAUUUACUGGUUAAAACGACCAGCAGGUUCAACUUGUAUAAAACUGUUUAUGUUUUAUUUUAUUUUACUUUUAUUUGUUUUAGAUCUGGGUCACAUGAAUCACUUCUGAUUCUUCUCUUGAAAUUGUUUUCAUGUAUGAGGGGUCGGGUAAUUAAUUUUUUUGUAUUUCUGAAAAUCCCAUCCGUCAAUAUAAAUACUUAUUGUGGAGUUGAACAAAGAUAUUGACUGGAAUAGGACUUGAACCUGCGACCUCCGGAUUGGCAUACCAGUGUUCUACCAAUCAAGAUAUCACACCCUAUGUUGAUGGUUCCUCCAAGUUUUAAUACCUUGUUCAAGGGCGCUAGUCACAAGCCGUGUGAGGUGUAUUUGAUGAAUUAUAAACUAUUUUGUAUAUAAAUCUGGGGACCAUAAUUCAACUCAGUACCCCUUCUGAUGUUAAUUUGUUUAUCAUGCUUAGUUUAUAUUAUCAGCGGCUUUAAAAUUGUUAGCAGUUUGCGAAUCGUUAUAUGGAUUACAUUGUAUGUGAGUGUGGUGAUUUCAUUUGACUUAAUUUGCAUUUUAUAUCAAACAGUACUUACUUUAUUGAAAGAAAGUUUCACCGAAAUAGGCCAAAGUUGUUACAGAUUUUAUUUUAUCUGUCUAAUUCACUGUGCAAUUGCAGCAAUCACUUGCCUUAGAUUAUUAAACAUAGAGCUUUAUGACAAAUUAUGUAUCUUAAAAUUGCUGCCUUUAAGGAAAGCAAUGCAAUGAUGAUCUUAAUCAAACUACAUUCCUGCUAAUUGUUUAUCGUUUGUUUUGUUUUGUUUUUGUAGCUUUAUUUAAUUUUUGCCAUAUAGGCCUAUAAUAUAAAUUCGUGUGUAUUAUAUUACAUACAGUACCGCUCAAACUCAUCUAGCACAAUGAAUGAUGUACAUAAUUUGACAUUAUGAAUAAAGAUAUUUUCGAAAAAGGAGAAACGAAUGUUCAAAGCGAACUGUUUGUGGCAUGAAUAUGACUUUUAAAGCUGAAUAGACCAAAUGAAAUUAAAAGAAAUGUUUUUCGUCCCGUUGGACUUGUACACUC